UUGGCUUAUAUUUGAGGAGGAAGUGCUCUUAUUUUCAAUACCCCACGCCUCGAUGUCCCCUCCAGUGUUGAUCCUCUCCCAGGAACUUAUUGCAUACAAAUUCUGAAUUGGCCGGCUCCUCAGUCAACGCUCUCAAUGGCGGCACUCUCUCUCCUCUCGCUCCUCCUCCUCCUCCUCCUCCCUCUCUCCCUCCUCCUCCUCCUCUUCCUCAUUGUCCGCCCCCGCCCCGUUAAGAUCCCCAUCAAGAACCGCCACGUCUUCAUCACCGGCGGCUCCAGCGGCAUCGGCCUCGCAAUCGCCCACCGUGCCGCCUCGGAGGGCGCCCGCGUCUCGAUCCUCGCCCGGUCACAGGCCAAGCUGGGGAAGGCCAAGCAGGAAAUCCGGCUCGCCACCGGCACCAAUGUCGCGACCUUCUCCGCUGAUGUCCGUGACUUUGACACCGUGAGGCGCGCCACAGAGGAGGCUGGGCCAGUCGACGUGCUGGUGGUGAACCAGGGGGUGUUCCUCCCCGAGGAACUGGUCAAGCAGGAUCUGGACGAGGUCAGGUUCAUGAUAGACGUCAAUCUGAUGGGCAGCUUCAACAUGAUCAAGGCAGUUUUGCCGGCGAUGAAAGCAAGGACCGAUCGUAGGCCGGCUUCAAUUGUCCUCAUGUCCUCUCAGGCCGGCCAGGUGGGGAUCUACGGUUACACUGCUUACUGCGCAAGCAAAUUUGGGCUCCGAGGAUUAGCGGAAGCACUGCAACAAGAGAUAAUUGCUGAUGACAUCCAUGUUUCGCUUGUUCUCCCACCGGAUACCGAUACUCCUGGAUUAGCGGAAGAAAAAAAGAGAAGACCUCCGAUAUCAAGCAUCAUAGCUGCUACUUCCGCUGCAAUGAAAGCGGAUGAAGUUGCGGAGAAGACAAUAAACGGGAUUAAAUCUGGCAGUUUCAUUGUGCCUUGCAACGUUGUGGGCUACUUGCUAGCAAUUGCGGGUGCUGGUUUGUCUCCUCAGAGAUCGUACGUCACGGCAUUCGUGGAGGUAGUUGGUGCUGGAAUUUCCCGUCUCGCCGGUCUCUUCUUGCUGUGGAACUGGUAUAGCAGUAUAGAAAAGUGGUAUGCGCAAAAAAGCAGUGACCAGUGAGUGUUCUGCAGUGGACCUCCUCGAUGCCGGGUUGCUUUGUCAUCUGUUGCUGCUAUCGUUGGUUUUAGUUAUAUGACACGAUGACUUCUGUCUGUAUAGCCUGAGAUACCUUGUUAUUGUGGAAUAU